AUGAAUAAAUCAUUGGGACCCAAUUUGAAAUAUCUACAGAAGAUAGAGGAAUAAGAAAAAAUGAUAGAGUUCCUUAAAAUAAAAUAUAAAGAAACCACUGGUUUUGAAGCACCCCACAUGUAAACAUAGAAUGAAGUUGUUACAUAAUCAAAAGUUAAUCCUCAUUCAAUUACAUUACCUUAAGCCAAAUCAAUAAUAUUUACAUAAUAAAAUGAAGAAGAAAAGCAAUCAGAAUAAUUCUAAACAUUUUAUGAUGCUGUUAGUAAUUUAAAAUUGCCUACGAAAUUAUUGCCAUCUAAAACAAGACCUAAGAAUAAUCUAAAGACUAAUAUUGAUUUUAAAAAUCAUUAUCAUUUAAUUGAAGUCAUUGAUUUAAGCAAUUUUGGUAGUAAGAAAUUCAAUAGAUUGGCAUUUAAGGAGUUCUUAGAAUAGGUAUAAGAUAUGAGAACAUUGCACACAUUGAAAUUAAGAAAUAAUGGGAUUGAUGAUUCAUAUAGUGAUGAAUUGAAAUUUAUAGUUUCUAAUACUCAUGUAAAAAGUUUGGAUUUAAGUCAUAAUGAACUAGGUCCAAAAGGAAUGGAACUAUUUUUGGGCAGUAUUAAAGAAGUUACUUAUUUUAAAUCAUUUGAUUUUUCAAGGAAUAAUUUCUCUCAUAGUCUAAUCACAUUAAACUAAUUAUAUAGUGCUUUAAUUCAAUAGACUGACUUAUAUCAUGUGUGUUUAGAUGCAUUCAAACCUGGCUAGUAAGAUUAUAAAGGUGCUGAUGUCUUAAUUAAAUUGGUUAUAAAUUAGAAAUCAUUAAGGAGUGUAAUAAUACAAGAUUCCAUCAUUUAAGACCUCUAAAAGUUGAGUCAAUCUCUCUCAUCUUUGCAAUGUCAUUUGACUGAAUUGACUUUGAAAUAUUGUUUUCUAACAUCAGAACAUAUAAGUGUAUUGGCAUAAGGAUUGGCAAAUAAUCAAUCUUUAAUAUAUUUGAAUUUACAACACAAUGGUUUAAAUGAUUUAUCAGGGAAAUACCUUGCCUAAAUGAUAUAAACAAAUUAUUAUUUAUAUUCAAUAGAUCUAGAACACAAUCAAUUAGGAAAUGACUUUAUUUAAUUGAUCAGUGUAGCUUUAAAGAGGAAUAACGUAUUGAAUUCAUUAAAAUUGGGUUACAAUUCAAUCUCUGAAAUCAAGCCUUUAUUGAAUGUUAUUGGACCUGAAAAUACAACAUUAACUGACUUAGGUAACAUUCAAUAGAAUCCCUUAUUGUUGGCUCAAGUGGAAUAAUUACAAAAGAGAUUUAAAGGAUCCAAAGAUUCUACAUCGAACUAUGUAAUUUUGAAACCAAUCAACUUCACUUAAAUCUUACAUAGAAAAUAAGAAAAUUACAGAGUUUGGAAUAUUUGA